GCGCUGUCCCCCCAGGCCCCGCUGGCCGUCCUCUCCAAGGUGGAGCUGCGGGUGAGCUGUAAGCACCUCCUGGACCGCGACACGCUCAACAAGUCGGACCCCUGCGUCCUGCUGCUGAUGCAGUCCCAGGGCCAGUGGAUGGAGGUGGACCGCAGCGAGGUCAUCAAGAGCAACCUCAACCCCGUCUUCGCCAAGAUCUUCACGGUGGACUACUACUUCGAGGAGGUGCAGAAGCUGCGGUUCGAGGUGUACGACAGCCACGGGCACACCGGCGUGGGCACGCACGACGAUGACUUCCUGGGGGGCAUGGAGUGCACCGUGGGGCAGAUCGUGGCGCAGAAGCGGGUGACGAAGCCGCUGUUCCUCAAGUACGGGAAGUUCGCGGGCAAGUCCACCAUCACGGUGGCCAUCGACUUCACGGCCUCCAACGGGGACCCCCGAAACAGCUGCUCCCUGCACUACAUCAACCCCUACCAGCCCAACGAGUACCUCAAGGCGCUGGUCGCGGUGGGCGAGAUCUGCCAGGACUACGACAGCGACAAGAAAUUCUCAGCCCUGGGCUUUGGUGCAAGGAUCCCCCCCAAGUACGAGGUCUCCCAUGAUUUCGCCAUCAACUUCAAC